AUGAAGUUCGACAACGGCAACCGACCUUUCAUACCUCAGCAAGAUGAAGACCAUAUCAUCGGAAGUCGUCCUGCCACGACCGCCUCAGUCGCCACUUCGGCCUCCAGCUUUCGUAUACCCGGCAUUGGACCCAGUGCUGCAAAUCCAGUUCCUCGAACCCAUCCAUCAGCAGAAGAGAAUCAGGCGCCGACAUCCUUCGUUCGUUUGUUUGCUCCUCAGGCUGACAAUAUCGACGCGUCAUGGCAUGCUCGUCAAAGGGAUCGUAAACCAGCCGUACCAUGUUUUACCGCAGGCGCCCAAGAUUCCCCUUUGUUUGAUCAGCUUCCUCGGCCGUCCUUUCAACGCGAUAGGUCAGCCCGGGCUCCCGUCUCUGCUGGGUCCUGGCAGAGUGAUGAUCAGGUGCGCCCCUUCACCGCCUCCUCUUAUCACCGAAGCAAGCUUGUCACAGCGGAUGGCUUCGUCGGCAACUACGUUUGCGCCUUGAUCGAGAACCGCGGAACAGGUCGUGAAGUGGGCAUCGCAUCUGUCGAACGAGACACCGGUCUCUGCGUCAUCACUCAAUUGGCCGACACGCCCACCUACGCCCGAACCAUUCAUCACUUGUCGAUGCAUCCUCCCAGCAUCUUGCUCGUACCUGCCUCGGCGUCCUAUCGUGCCAAACACACUGCCUCAGCGUCGAUGUCCAGAAGCGGUAAGAGAGCUAAGACACUCUUCCGCAAUGAUGGUGAUACAGACCGAGGAAGCUGGGCAGAUGCAUCGCAGAAUAACAACCAGUCUGUGCUGGUCCGCAUCCUCGAGCAGCUGUUUAGUCUUGAGGCUCAUCCCUUCCCUCGUAGGCACUGGGACCACGAAGAAGGUGCUCGCUAUCUGGACCGACUGGUUGUCGAUCAUGUCGACGUGGCCAAGCAAGAGUACGCAGCGCCAAAUGAAGUUGGUGAAUCUAGUCAAAGAUCGCAUCGUUCCACGUCAGCCCCUCCACAGACAGGUCAAUUCUCGCUCGACUUGAACGCAAAGGCAUCAUCGAGGGCGGCAAUUAUCGUCGCGACUGCAGAUAAGUUCUACCUUCUCUCUGCCUUUGCUAGUCUGAUCGACUUCUACAUGGAGACCUUCAAUCGCGUUUUCACGCCAAAGACGCUGCGCAUCAAAUUCGUCGUCCCUGAAGUACGAGCUGCGCUUCGCGAUUCCUCCAGCCAGCUACUGCAGUCAAUAUCGUCGUUCAUGGAGUCGCAAGACGUUGAUGAGAUCCGCGAAGCAAUCCGUGAGACCAUCGACGAAGAUGUCGUGCAUGCCAAAGGCGGCCUUGGAUCUCGACACGUUAAAAUGAAUGCGGUGCGAGCUGCCCGUAGCCCACUGCUUGAUGUGGCGAGGCAAACGUUCAAGGAAAAUUUCGACGACAUCCAGCAGCUCCAACAGCGCUAUGAGAAUGAAACCGGGCUCAAAUUGUCGCUCAUGAUGAUCUCCACAGGAUAUUUGUUUCGGACCGUGCUCGAAUCCAGCCAGAUGAGGGAUCUGCCCGACUAUUUCACCAAUGUCACUCGAGCCAAAAGCGGCAGAAGCGUCACCAUGUCAACGCUCGCUCUGAAGAAGCUGAAUGCCCGGCUGGUCGAUUCGAUGAACGAAGUCUGCAUCAUGUCGAAGACGAUCAUAGACGAGCUGAUCAAAAGCAUCACUGAUCUGGUUGCAUCUCUAAACAAGGUAUCAGAAGCUCUCUCGCUCUUGGACAUGCUCGUCAGUUUUGCCCAUGUCUCCUCUCUCAACGGGUACGUGCGGCCUAUCAUUGGCGACAAGAUCGACCUUCGUGAAGCACGCCAUCCCAUCCUGGAUCGAGUCGACACGGUCAAUGCUGGCCCGUCCACUAUUGUCGCACGCAGACGAUGCGCUUUUGUGCCUAACGACAUCUUUUUGGCGCCUGGCGAACGCGUCUGCCUCAUCACAGGUCCAAACAUGUCUGGCAAGAGUACGGUCCUGCGCCAGAUUGCACUCAUCACCGUUCUGGCGGGCAUUGGAUGCUUCGUGCCUGCUCGGCAGGCGACGCUUCCAAUCCCGGACGCCGUGCUCAGCUUGCUGACGCAUGAAGACGAUCCGAUGCAGAAUCUGUCAACGUUCGCGGUUGAGAUGCGCACGUCUGCGUUCAUUCACAGUGUUGCCUCGCCCAGGUCGCUCGUGCUCCUUGACGAAAUGGGUCGAGGCACCAGCCCGGACGAAGGCUGUGCUGUUGCGACUGCGAUCGUCGAAGACUUGCUCAAGGAGAAAGGUUGUACUGUCUUCUUUGCGACGCAUUUCGGUGAGCUUGUCGAGGGCUUCGAAGGCAAAGAGGGAGUAGUGUGUCAGCACCUCAACGUGGGCAUGGUGCAGAGAAGGGACAAUGUGGAUCUCGUCUUUCACCACAAGCUUCAUCUCGGUCGAGGUCUCAGCUCGCAUUACAGCCUCCAAGUGGCCAGGAUGAUGGGCUGCUUUGAGAACGACUUUCUGCAACGAGCGAAAGAUGUGGCUGAGGCUGAGCAGUCGAUCCAUAUCGACAGGAAUACUCUGCUCGACAGCCGGACGAGAGAGAGGCGAAAGGUGCUAAGCAGCUUGGUGCGCAACUUGCGCCGACUCGCCGACGCGCCGCUCGCCUAUAACCUUUUCGACGAGCAGACGAUGCACCCGGAACAAGACACGCAGCCGCUGGUAGCCAAGCUUUCGCUUCUCCAGCUGGACUCCGUGAACGCGGUCGAGCGAACUUAUAUUCAAUGA